AUGCACGGUGGGUAAUAUGCGCCAUACCCGAACAGCAUGAGGCAAAAUUGAUUGUUUACUAGCACGUGCUUGUCUGCCGAAUUACGAAAAAAUGUCCACAACGUUGUCCGAUGAGGAAAUGCAAACUGAAGAAGAGAACGAAGAAAAAGUGAAGAGUUUUCACGAACUGGAGAUCGAUGAUAGAAUUCUAAAGGCAAUAGCUAAACUAGGCUGGCUUGAACCAACGUUGAUACAAGAAAAAACAAUACCGUUAUUACUCGAGGGCAAAGAUGUACUGAUAAGGGCCCGCACAGGUUCUGGUAAAACAGCAGCGUUUGCCAUUCCUCUUAUUCAAAAAAUACUUCUCGGUAAAGAGCUACAGCCCCGACAAGAAACAAAAGGGCUCAUCCUAUCACCGAGCAAAGAACUGUGUAAACAAAUACAUCAAGUCCUUAAUAGCCUGACAAUAAAAUGUUGCCGGGAGGUAAAAUGCAUUGACAUCAGCUCGCAAGUAGAUUUGGAUACACAAAAACCUCUCUUAGCUGAGAAACCAGAUAUCAUUGUGGGAACACCUGGAAGAGUUCUGCAACACUUAAAAGCAGGCAACAUGAAAUUGAAACAUAGUCUGGAAAUGCUGAUAAUCGAUGAAGCUGAUUUGAUUUUCUCAUUUGGUUAUGAAGAUGAGAUAAAAUCGGUACUGAAUUAUUUACCUACUGUAUAUCAAGCAGCAUUAGCUUCAGCAACACUGUCUGAUGAUGUUUUGUCUUUGAAACAAUUGGUACUUCACAAUCCUGCUAUUUUGAAACUGGAAGAACCACCUCUUGCCCCACCCUCACAAUUAGCCCAUUACAGUUUAGCAGCUGACGAAAAUGACAAAGCUGCAAUACUUUAUGCGCUUCUCAAAUUACAUUUAAUAAGAGGAAAAAGUAUCAUAUUUGUCAAUACUGUCGAUCGUUGCUACAAGCUCAAACUAUUUCUUGAACAAUUCGGUAUUCCUACAUGCGUUUUAAAUUCAGAAUUGCCAGCUUCGUCGAGGUGUCGAGCAGUGAUGCAAUUCAACAGUGGUACUUAUGACAUAAUCAUUGCAUCCGAUGAGAAAGCUUUGGAUGAGCCCCACUAUGUAAAACAAAAAAAGAGUAAACGUAGAAAAGACAAAGAGUCUGGUGUAGCGCGUGGGGUGGAUUUCCAAUUUGUCUCGAAUGUAAUAAAUUUCGAUUUCCCACUGGAUGUCAACUCUUACGUUCACCGGGCUGGUCGUACUGCAAGAGGUAAAAAUCAGGGAACAGCUCUAAGUUUUGUGGCUAUAAGAGAACGGCCACUUCUCGAUGAAGUCGAGAAUCAAUUAAAACAGAGUUACGGACGAUCGAGCCUUUUCAAAACCUAUCAAUUUAAAUUAGACGAAGUUGAGGGUUUUAGAUAUCGUGCUAAAGACGCUUGGAAAGCCGUGACAAGAAUAGCUGUAAGAGAAGCCCGUCUUAAGGAAAUCAAACAAGAAGUAUUGACUUGUGAAAAAUUGAAAAGUUACUUCGAGGAUAAUCCUCGUGAUUUGCAAUCUCUGAGACAAGACAAAGCAUUGCACACAGUGAGAUUACAGCCUCAUUUGAAAGAUGUACCAGAUUACAUAGUCCCACCUUCAUUAAAAAGACUAGUAAAUUUUGGUCGAAAGAAGAGAAAGUUCAAUAGAGAAUCAGCGAGUUCAGGUUCCACCGCAACAAAAUCUAAACAUGCUGCAAGAGCUUCAAAUCCUCUGAUCAGUCUGAGUAUUGGCAAAAAAAAGAAAUGAAAAUGACCAAUAAUCGUGUAUAAUAAAUGUUUUUAUUGUAAAAAAAAAAUAUAAUAAUGGAUUGAACAUAUUCUUCCAGAUUUGAUAUAA